AUGAAAAACUUGUAAAUUUUUAAUUAACUUACAUUAGCUUGAUAAAAUUAAGUUUAAUGUGAAUUAUAAUAAUGUAAAAUUAUCUUGAUUAUCUUGAAACAUAGCUGGGCUUUAAAACAACACAAUUUGAAGUUCAUUAUAAGUUUACUCCUUUCAUUUCAAAAAUACCAAUUGGGUAUUUAAAAUGACUGUAAAAACAAGGUUUUUCAAAAUUUGCAUAAAUUUUGUGUUUUUGUCAUUAAUUACAUUUUUUUUGUUUUCUUACUGUUUUUAUGUUGGUCGGUCGAGUUACUGACGAUAAAUUUUCCUUUGCUUCAGAAUCGCGGUAAGUUGUUUCAUCAAAGUUUUUUUUAAUUUACGGUUAUAAUUGCACAUUACAGUCUGAAUUAUACAACUUGAGUGAUUUUGUAACGAUAUUAAUCUUGUCAGUACAUUAACCGAUUUACUCAUUUUAGCUGAAGCGAGAAAUGCAUGUACAUAGUCUGGGAUCUGAAAAGUCCUCGUUUCAUACAGGUAUCGAAUUGUCCAGACGCGGUGACAGCGAAGUACUGAUGAAACAAGCAGCUGAAAGCCUAUCACAAAUUUUGAUGACUGCCCAAAGCAACAGUUUAGUCAACGUUGCACGAAAAAAGAACGCCACUUUGUUUACACAAGUAAUUUUUAAGAUUGUCUAAACCAGAAGAGAAAGUUUUUCGACUUAAGACUAUAAAGCAGUCAAUUUUUUAUAUUGAAGACUUUUAUUAAAAUUUCAACCAGUUUGGGUGCUUUUUUUACUUAAUUCAUAUAAUAAUGCACGUUUUGUUUUUUAUGACUAUAAAAUGAUAUAUUAUUGUAUUUUUAGAAAACACAAAAUGAUAUAGGCCAUUCUGACUUGGAGCCUAAAAAAGCGAAUUCAGAAAUAAAAAUUUCCGAGGAAGAGAACAAUCGAAUUUCGGUUGAAGAAUGUAACGCCGUUUUAAAAACUUUAAAGGUAAGUCUAUUUUGGAAAUUUUCAUUACCCUCUAAUACAAUUUUUACAUUUAUUUAUCAAAUUUAUAUUUUACUCUUCAUUAUAAUACAACAUUAUAGUUCACUUAUUUUUUCUUGCACGUGUAACGAUUUUUAAUAAAUCAUUUUGUUUUGUAAUUCAGUUUGGACCUCAAAGCCUGCAUUAUGUUGUGUUGAAGAAAAUAGCGUCAGGAGGAUUUUCGUCAGUUUACGGGGGUUAUGAAAAGUCCUCACCUACAAAGUCGUUAGCUGUCAAAAGGGUAAACGUGGAAAAAGACGAAACAUUGAAGGCACAACUAUUGUUUGAAGCAGAAGUUUUGGCACGGCUAGGCGCAAACAAGUAUACAAUAGAAAUGUAUGAUCAUGCAGUUGUUGGAAACGAGUUGUUUUUGAUAUUAGAACUUGGGUCGGAAGCUUUUAUUGACUACUUGUGCAAGUAUCAACGGAAUAGGUCGGACAUUGAGCACAAGUUUAUACGCAAGUACUUUAGACAAAUGGUCAGGGCAUGCGAGUUCAUUCAUCAUAAAGGUAAGGCAUUCCUACUUAUGCAUUUUGCAUUCGUUCCUGGUCGAUAAAUUUUUCCGGCUAAGUACACAAUAAAAAUUUUUACAUAAAUAUAUGUAGACGUUGUUCACUGCGACGUCAAAGGGGACAAUUUUAUUCGAAUGCCGAACGGUCGUCUAAAACUCGUGGAUUUCGGAUGUGCCGCUUUGAUCGGAUGCAUGAAUGAAGGUGUUUACAGACGCCGUCGACUGGGCACAAAGCAUUACAUGUCUCCUGAGUACAUUAAACACUCAUAUGCGUCUCGUGCACUGGAUGUUUGGUCGUUGGGAUGCAUCUUGUACGAUAUAAUACACGAAAAAACGCCGUUCGACUCCGCCAAAGAUGUGCGAAAAGCGAUUAUUGAAAGCGAGCCCGAUAUUUCGCUUGUUACUGACAUUGACAUGGUGCACAUAUUAGGGGUAAAAUUUUGAAUGUUUUGUUUUUUUUAUUUUUUGUUUAAUUUGUCUAUUAUAUUAACUUUUAGAUGAUGUUUGAACGAGAUCAUCACGAAAGAAUUACUUGUCGUCAACUUACUCAAGAAACCUACUUUUCAAGUAAGUAUAUUACAAAAGUUAUCAUUUUCUCAGUACUACACAACUUUAGAUGUGUGGUUAGUAUUUUGUAUGGUAUUAUAAUUUUUUUUAUUAAUAAAUCAAAAUUGUUUUUAGGAACAGACGAAGAACCUACUGUGCCUAUUGUAAGAAACGACACCAAGACUGUAAAAAUAUCUGCACCAUCCAUUCGCCUAAAUGAAGAAUUGUCAAAGAUUUGA